AUGGACCAGAAACUCAUUCUUUCGCUCGACGCGUCGGCCCAGCUUGCCAAGUAUAAAGCCGCUGCCUCCCUCGCCCAGCUUCGUCUGGAAAUGGUCAUCGCACUUGCAUCUACAUUCUCAUCGGCUCCAAUAAACUCCAUCGCCGUCGACAUGGCUUACGUAGGAACAAUUCUCGGACUUGGGUCCAUCACCGGCAGCGCGGCCGGUCUCGGCUUUCUCAUGGGCUCCUCCAUCAUCGGCCUCGUGUCGUUUGCCAUUGGCAAGGCCCAGGUCCCCGACCCAAACGACAUUACUUACAGCUUCAAGAUUGGCCUUGACGGCGCAGGCUACAACGAGGGCUACGACCCUCUGGCGGGGGCUGGAGGCGGCGCCCCCGGCGUGCGCGCCUUUGACAACCAAGGCCGCAAGAUUGGCCAGACCAGACAUCGCAAGAAGUGCGUCGAUGGCCAGGACUACUGCACCCAGGUGGUCAAGGACAUGCCGGAGCAGCCUGCCUACGCCCUCAUCACGGGCAGAAGCGACCCCGUGUGCGUUGCUGCGGUCGGCGUGACGUAUCCCAGCGGCGACAAGUAUGGCUGGGUUGGCAACUGGGCACAUACGUGCUCGCAGCCUUGGUACUACUCUGAUAUUGAUGCCCAGUACGAAAACGGCACCAUCAAGCUUGAUUGCGUUUGGCUGGGCUCCAAGGGAUACAAGAAGGGGUAUUCCACCGGCAUCCGCAUUCACUUCCCCGAGUUCAAGCAGGGACGUGAGGCCAACGGCCACAACGAAGCAUACUACUGCAGCCCCAACAACACUGCUCUUGCCUUUUACAAAAACAAGUCGCCCAAGUACUUUGACGGAUCCAGCGUCAGAGACAGGACGGUCAGGAAGAAGAUCGAAAAGGAUGCCAAAAAGGCCAUCAAGAAGAGGCCCACGUCCAACAAGUUCCAGAAACGAACGGUUGGCAUGGAGAGACGCUGGAUCCAGUCCCAUUACGCGGGCCACUCGGCCAAGUUCCUCUGCGCCAGCGAGACGGCCGUCGGCCCAAGCUUGACCUCAAUGAUGGAGCGCGCCUUCUGCCACAUGCCGGACAAGGUGCUCUAUCCGUUCUGCAGCGACGUCAAGAGCGGCACGUGCUGGGACGAGCAGGCCAACAAGUUUGACGCCAAGGGCCCGGGGGCGAUUCACGCUCGUGCCGCGCUGCCCGACGUGGAGUUUGAAGCGCCUAUUGUGUGGGGCAAAUAG